AUGGCCAUGUCAGGUGUUUCUGUCUCGGACGAGUGCGUCACCGCACUCACGGACCUGCGCCACAAGAAGAGCCGCUACGUCAUUCUGCACAUCGUCGACCAGAAGUCGAUAGCCGUCCAGACCGUCGGCGCCCGCGACGCCACCUUCGACGACUUCGUGAGUGCCAUCGACAAGACAACGCCCUGCUACGCCGCCUACGACUUUGAGUACGACACCAACGAGGGGAAACGCGACAAGUUGAUUAUCAUCAGUUGGAAUCCCGACAGCGGCGCCCCGCGAACAAAGAUGCUCUACAGCAGCAGCCGCGAUGCCCUCAACGCCCCAACGGAGGGAUUUCAGCCCAUUCAGGCAAACGACGUGUCGGAACUGGACUACGAGGAUAUCGUGCGCAAGGUGAAGGCACACCGAAAGGGGUAA